AAGAGAGAGAGAGAGAGUGAAGUCUAGAGAGAGAAAGUGUGGCUGAAAAAAGAGUCUCUAAAAUAACUUGACACCAAAACAAAAGCAAAACAAACCAUCUUUUUCCCACUGUCCAUCAAAGCCUUGUUUUUCACUCAUUCCCUCUCUUCCUUCUCCUAAACUAACACACAACCUCUCUCUCUCUCUCUACUCUUUCUCUCUCUAUCUGGUUAUCGGAGGUGGUGAGUUAAUUCUUAAUUAUCUGCCAAAAAAAAAUGGAAAUCAAUUCAUCACCAAGACCUAAUAAAGAGAGAGAGAACCCAACUCCGGCGACCUCCCCCACCAGCAAUGGCGGCGGCGCCACCAGCAAUGGAUCGUCGCACCACCUGAUAUCCACCACCCCACCACUAACACCGAAGCCCAUCUCCAGAUCCAACGACAACAAUCCUUACCCAACUACUUUUGUCCAAGCAGACACCGCCACCUUCAAACAGGUGGUGCAGAUGCUCACCGGCUCCUCCGAAACCGCAAAACUCGCCUCCAAGACCGAACCCCCUCCGCCGCCGCCGCCGUCCUCCGCCACCGCCGCAAGAUGCGGCAACGGCAGCGGCAGCGGAAGCAUCCCGCCCAUCAGGAGCACCGGGCAGAAGAAACAGGGGUUCAAGCUGUACGAGCGGCGGAACAGCCUGAAGAACGGGCUGAUGAUCAACACGCUGCUGACGGAAUAUUCGCAGAGCCCGGGCUUCUCGCCGCGGAAGCCGGAGAUCCUGUCACCGAGCAUACUUGACUUCCCGUCGCUGGUGCUCAGCCCGAUGACGCCGCUGAAUGGGGACAAUUUCAGCAACUCGUCGGCGGCGCCGUCGCCGGAGGAGGAGAGGGCGAUUGCGGAGAAGAAGUUCUACUUCCACCCGUCGCCGAGGAGGACAAAUGCCGCCGAGCCGCAGCUCUUGUCACUUUUUCCGAUGACCUCGCCUCGUGUUUCCGGUUCGUCUUCUUCUUGAUUCUUGAGAGAGAGAGAGUACGAAUUAAUUAAUGUAUGAUUUUGAUAUAUGAUUUUGGAGUAAGCUAAGGUAGCAAUUAAUCACGCUCCAUUUGUACAAUUAAAAUAUUUUUCUCUUAUGUU